AUGACAAGCGGAGUCUACCUCAUUGUCUCUGUCUCUGUCGUGCACAAGCUCUUCCCCGCCCUUUUCGGUCUUCUGAGUGGCCUUGGUGGCGCCUUUACAGACCGUCUUAGUUGGCGUUGGUGCGUCAACUUCUCAUUCUUCCCCCUGGCCUUCAAUCUUCCCAUCUACUUCCAGGCUGUCAAUGGGGUUUUACCCCUGCAGAGUGAUAUCCGUUUGCUGCCAACUAUUCUGCCCUUGAGUAACCUUUUCUCCGCUCCUGUUAUCGUUCUCGUCGGAUGGAACCAGCCGUAUCUGAUGACCGUCAUCAUCGCCAACGCCAUCACCCCGAAUCAAGACAACAGCACGGCAAUGUCGGACGUGCUUUUCUUCCAAUUCAUUGGAGGUACUUUUGGCAUUGGCAUGGCUCAGGCUAUCUUCAACAACGGUCUCAUCAGCAGUCUGCCUGAGCUGGCACCGAUGGUCUCUCCGGCCGAGGUUCUCGGCAUUGGCGUGUACGACUCGAAGAACGUCCUGUCGGGUGAUGCUCUGACCGGCGUGUUGAAGGCGUACAUGCGAGGUCUGCACAACGCAUGGGCCAUGAGCAUUGCCGGCGCCGCCGUUGCCGUAUUUGUUCAAUUGCUAGGAGCCUACAUGAAGCUUCUUAGGACACUUCCCAAGACCUGGGAUGAGAAGCCGACUCUUCACAAGGCCGACGCCUGGUCUUGA